GUAGAGACCAAUUUCUAUUUUCCUCCACUCAUAAGAAACCCCUAUCUGCCACGCAAAAGCCAAAUAUAAACUACUACUACUUCAAAGUAACAACUCAUCAAUAUUACUAUACAUUCUCACUCAAAUAACACUUUAGUCAUAUUUUACAUCUCUCGAGUUGGAGCUAAACCCACCUUCUAAUUACCCAUUCAAGCCAUUCUAAGGUGAGGAUGGCUCAGAUCUUAGCUCCGUCAGUGCAAUGGCAAAUGAGAUUCACAAAAAAUUCUACCGAAGUAAGUUCAAUGACAUCAAAGAUGUGGGGUUCUCUAUUCCUGAAACAAAACAAGAAAGCACCAGCUAGAAGUUCUACCAAAUAUAGAGCAUUAGCAGUGAAGUCUGAGGAUGGCACCAUAAAUAGGAUGGAAGAUCUACUAAAUUUGGAUGUAACUCCAUACACCGAUAAGAUCAUAGCCGAGUAUAUAUGGAUAGGAGGAACUGGCAUUGAUGUUCGAAGCAAAUCAAGGACAAUCUCAAAGCCAGUUGAGCACCCGUCUGAGCUACCAAAAUGGAACUAUGAUGGAUCAAGUACUGGGCAAGCACCUGGAGAUGAUAGUGAAGUAAUUUUAUACCCUCAAGCAAUUUUCAAGGACCCUUUCCGUGGUGGUAACAACAUCCUCGUCAUAUGCGAUACCUACACGCCCCAAGGAGAGCCUAUUCCUACAAAUAAACGCCACAAGGCUGCUCAAAUAUUUAGCGAUGCGAAGGUUUUAGGUGAAGUUCCAUGGUUUGGAAUAGAGCAAGAGUACACCUUGAUGCAACAGGAUGUAAACUGGCCUUUGGGAUGGCCUGUUGGAGGCUAUCCUGGUCCUCAGGGUCCAUAUUACUGUGCUGCUGGAGCGGAUAAGUCAUUUGGCAGAGACAUAUCUGACGCUCAUUAUAAGGCUUGCUUAUAUGCCGGAAUUAAUAUUAGUGGCACAAAUGGAGAAGUUAUGCCUGGCCAGUGGGAAUUUCAAGUGGGUCCCAGUGUCGGUAUUGAAGCUGGCGAUCACAUCUGGUGUGCCAGAUACCUCCUGGAGAGAAUUACUGAGCAAGCUGGGGUCGUUCUCACACUUGACCCGAAACCAAUUGAUGGUGACUGGAAUGGAGCAGGCUGCCACACCAACUACAGUACAAAAAGUAUGAGAGAGGAGGGAGGCUUUGAAGUAAUUAAGAAAGCAAUCUUAAACCUUUCACUUCGCCACAAAGAGCACAUCAGUGCAUAUGGAGAAGGAAAUGAGAGAAGAUUGACAGGAAAGCAUGAAACUGCGAGCAUUGACAGCUUUUCUUGGGGAGUUGCUGACCGUGGUUGCUCAAUCCGUGUGGGGCGUGAUACUGAGAAGGAAGGCAAAGGUUACUUGGAGGAUCGGCGCCCUGCUUCAAACAUGGACCCAUAUGUUGUGACUGGUUUACUUGCUGAAACUACAUUACUGUGGGAGCCAACACUUGAAGCUGAAGCUCUUGCUGCACAGAAACUAUCUUUGAAUGUCUAGAUUCAGUUCAAGAUAAAUUUACAUUUUCCACAAAAUUCAUUGUCGUCAGUUGAACCGCCUCCUGCUUUCUUUGGAUCAUUAGUUGAUAAUUUCUGUAAAUAAAGGGAGCCCCAGUGGUUAACCUUUCCUUCUAUUAUGAAAGACAUUCUUGGAGGUCAUUAGGUGUUCAAAAGAAUAAUUAUGAUGAUUUUGAGAAUACUCUACCCGGAAGCAAUUGUCAUCAAGUUCUGAGCCUGAAUUUUUUUUAUUUAA